CGCCGGGGAGGAGCCGACGCCAAAGCCCGCGGGAGGCUCGGGAGGCUCGGAGCGCCGGCUCCCUGGGCCUUCGGGUUGUUCGUCUGGGCAGCUGGUUCCCGGAGCCGCCGCCGGCCCUCCCAGCCUCUGCAGCCACGCUGCUGAUCCUGGGGACCUGGCGACCUAGGACCGCGACCAGGAUCCUGGAAGGCCCCUCUGCACACCGCCAGAGAGCCCGAGCCUCUGCUGGAAGGAAGAGGGGAGGCGAGACCCCACAGGACACCCCUGCAUGCUUCCCAGGAUUAAGAACCUAUUUUUGAAGCAUCUUAUUUCGUGACCGAAGCUCCACUGUCAGUGAGACGUAAAUGGCCCGACUUCCCCCCGGCAUUCGCUUCAUCGUCUCGUUCUCCAGGGAUCAGUGGUACAGAGCCUUCAUUUUUAUUUUGACAUUCUUGCUGUAUGCAAGUUUUCACUUAUCUCGAAAGCCUAUCAGCAUAGUUAAGGGUGAGCUGCACAGCUACUGCACGGCUUCCUAUGAGGGGGAGGUCGGAUUCAACAGCCCGAGCCAAAAAGCCGGGGACACCCCCGCUCACCAGCUCCCAGACAACGGGACCGACUGCGGCUGGGCCCCAUUUGAUCAGGACAACUACCAGCAGCUGCUCGGCGCCCUGGACUACUCCUUCCUGUGUGCGUACGCUGUCGGCAUGUACCUGAGUGGCAUAAUAGGGGAACGCCUGCCAAUUAGGUAUUACCUAACGUUCGGAAUGGUGGCCAGUGGCGCUUUUACUGCCCUGUUUGGGGUGGGGUAUUUCUACAACAUCCACAGUUUGGGAUUCUACGUGGUGACCCAGAUCGUCAACGGACUGGUACAGACCACCGGCUGGCCCAGCGUCGUCACCUGCCUCGGCAACUGGUUUGGAAAAGGGAGGCGAGGUUUGAUUAUGGGGGUCUGGAAUUCCCACACCUCUGUGGGCAACAUUCUGGGGUCCUUGAUCGCUGGCUACUGGGUGUCCACAUGCUGGGGCCUGUCCUUCGUCGUGCCUGGGGCCAUCGUGGCAGCCAUGGGGAUAGUGUGCUUUCUCUUUCUCAUUGAACAUCCGAAGGACAUCGCCUGUUCCUCCUCCCUGGCCAUGCAUCCAAAAGGCUACGAGAACGGCACGCACAGAUUUCGGCUGCAGAAGCAAGUGCUAACCGAGGAGAGGAACAAACCUCUGGACCCAGAGAUGCAGUGCUUACUGCUGUCGGAUGGAAAGCGGUCCGGCCACCAGAACCACGUGGUCAUUCUCCCGGCAGACGGCGGGGGCGGCAUCGCGGCCAUCAGCUUCGUAGGGGCCUUGAAAAUUCCCGGCGUGAUAGAGUUCUCUCUGUGCCUACUGUUUGCCAAGUUGGUCAGCUAUACUUUCCUCUUCUGGCUUCCACUGUACAUCACAAAUGUAGAUCACCUUGACGUGAAGAAGGCCGGGGAGCUCUCCACCUUGUUUGACGUGGGCGGGAUCUUCGGUGGGAUCCUGGCAGGUGUGAUCUCCGAUCGACUGGAGAAGAGGGCCUCCACCUGCGGCCUGAUGCUGCUGCUUGCAGCCCCGACGCUCUACGUAUUCUCUGCCAUCAGCAAAAUGGGUCUAGAAGCCACCAUCGCCAUGCUACUCCUCAGCGGGGCCCUGGUCAGCGGGCCGUACGCACUGAUCACGACCGCCGUCUCCGCCGACCUGGGGACUCAUAAGAGCCUGAAGGGAAACUCCCACGCCCUGGCCACCGUGACCGCCAUCAUUGACGGAACUGGGUCUGUAGACAAGAGGGAAGCAGAAGUCCUCGGCCCAGGGUAGAGACUCUGCGUCUCUAAUCGGGGGCAGGCUCUGAGCUGCAGGAGGAACCAAAGCCCAGCUCUGAACACCUGUCACCGCUCACAGAAGGAGGGCAGAGGCUAACUCAGACCAUCCCUGACCUCUGCACUCCUCUGCACUCAAAGCUGAUCAUCCGGAGUCAUCACACCCACCUGAUGGCUGCAGGUCCUGCAUCCGGGGUCUGGCUGAGGCUCAGACUCCAUGGGCUCUGGCAGCCCCAGUGCACCGGGACAGAGGAGGUGGUCGCCAUGGAAACGGCACGCAGGCACGUCCACCACUGUCUCCCCCACUGUUUCUCUGCUUAAGUGCUGCCCAAGUAGAUGGAAG